AUGACUAAAUCCUUCCUCAGGCACUUCCACUAUGGCAUCUCUGCCUUUUACUCUGUCUUCCUGCCCCUGCCAGACACUGAGAAGAUGUUGACUAGUGAAAGGGAAUGGACCAAGAGGUGGACUAUGGUAUGGGCAAGUAGAGAGGAGAAAGAUCGAAAUGAUAGGAAAGACCAAUGGCAAAAGCCAGCAAAAGGACGACGGCAGUGCCAGAGAGGAAGGGAGAGGGAAUGGAAAGAGGUGGGAAUGGAGAGAUGGAGUUGAUGGGGAGGGGGUGCUUAUACUCAUCACUCAGUCCUUGUGACUGGGCUGGUAUCUGCAGUUUGCUGUCAUCUGCGCUGGCUUCUGCGGGGCGGAGAGUAAAGGAGAGAAGGAAAACCUAUCUCCGAGGCUCAUCUCCGGCAUUCUGGAGCCCGCUUUCCAAGAGUGCCUCAUUUUCAAAUCUGUUAUCUCGCCUGUUAAGUAUCGCAGUUGUAUAUUUUUACAUGUCAUUUGCAUGCAGCUCAUCAAACCUGGAUUAUUUUUUCUUGGCGGUACACUACAUGACCAAAGGUAUGUGGACACCAGCUCAUCGAACAUCUCAUUCCAAAAUCAUGGGCAUUAAUAUGGAGUUGGUCCCCCUUUGCUGCUAUAACAGCCUCUACUCUUCUGGGAAGGCUUUCCACUAGGUGUUGGAACAUUGCUGCGGGGACUUGCUUCCAUUCAGCCACGAGCAUUAGUGAGGUCGAGCACUGAUGUUGGGCGAUUAGGCCUGGCUCGCAGUCGGCGUUCCAAUUAAUCCCAAAGGUGUUGGUGUUGAGGUCAGGGCUCUGUGCAGGCCAGUCAAGUUCUUCCCCACUGAUCUCGACAAACCAUUUCUGUAUGAACCUCGCUUUGUGCACGGGGGCAUUGUCAUGCUGAAACAGGAAAGGGUCUUCCCCAAAUUGUUGCCACAAAGUUGGAAUCACAGAAUCGUCUAGAAUGUAAUUGUAUGCUGUAGCGUUAAGAUUUCCCUUCACUGGAGCUAAGGGGCCUAGCCCAAAUCAUGAAAAACAGCCCCAGACUAUUAUUCCUCCUCCACCAAACUUUACAGUUGGCACUAUGCAUUCAGGCAGGUAGCGUUCUCCUGGCAUCUGCCAAACCCAGAUUUGUCCGUUGGACUGCCAGAUGGUGAAGUGCGAUUCAUCACUCCAGAGAACGCGUUUCCACUGAUCCAGAGUCCAAUGGCAGCGAGCUUUACACCACUCCAGCCGACGCUUGGCAUUGAGCAUGGUGAUCUUAGGCUUGUGUGUGGCUGCUCGGCCAUGGAAAUCCAUUUCAUGAAGCUCCCGACUAACAGUUCUUCUGCUGACGUUGCUUCCAGAGGCAGUUUGGAACUCGUAAGUGAGUGUUGCAACCGAAGACAGGCAAUUUUUACGCGCUUCAGUACUCGGCGGUCCCGUUCUGUGAGCUUGUGUGGCCUACCACUUCGCAGCUGAGCCGUUGUUGCUCCUAGACGUUUCCACUUCACAAUAACAGCACUUACAGUUGACCAGGGCAGCUCUAGCAUGGCAGAAAUGUAUGACCAACUGACUUGUUGGAAAGGUGGCAUUCUAUGACAGUGCCACAUUGAAAGUCACUGAGCUCUUCAGUAAGGCCAUUCUACUGCCAUGUUUGUCUAUGGAGAUUGCAUGGCUGUGUGCUCGAUUAUAUACACCUGUCAGCAACAGCAGAAUCCACAAAUUUGAAUGAGUGUCCACAUACUUCUGUAUAUAUAGUGUAUAUGCAGAUGUGAGGCUGUGCAUGAGCACACCAGUAUAAGGGAAUGGGUUUCAGUGUGUUUGCUUGUUGAGUAUGAGAGUUUUUGAGUACAGUAAGCACAUGUAUUAGUGUAUUAAUGUGCGUAUUUAUUUGUGUUAGAGAAAUGUUGCGUGUGCAGUGUGCGUUCGUGUGUGUGUUUUGAGAGAGCAUGUGUGUGUGAGAGGCGGAUGUUGAGUAGGUUUCUGAUGUUUAUCUUCCUUCCUUUUCUUCUCUGUAUUUUUGGAGGAUUCACACAGGGACCUCUUUGUUUGGGACAGUGAGUACCCCCUUCAUUCCCCUUUUGGGAAAGAAACCAUUUCCUGAAGGGGAGCGAUAGAGAUAGAGGGGCAGACAGAGGGGUAGGAAUGAGAGAGGGAGGUCGAGGAAUGGGAAAGAGAGAGGGAUGAGAGAGGGCGUGAUUAGCCAUACAGUACUGCAGAGAGGGAGGGAUGGGAAGAUUAAGCAAAGGGGAAGAGGUAAUUGGGAGGAGGGGGUGAGAGCGAGAGGGAAAACAAGUAUGAAUAAAGACCAGGCCAGCCCCAAUAGUCAGGAGGCCUAUGGUGGAAUUCAGUGGAAGUCAGUUGAACAGGCCAGGAAAGGACAGACACUAUUCUACCUUCCUGUUCUUUUCUUCUCUGUCUGUCCAGCUGUGUCCGCUUCAUACAGUACAUUCAAACACACUUGGAUGACAUCAUUAUCCAGGAUGCACACAUUGAAAUAGAAGUUCAUUAUUGACCAAUCAUUCCAUUGGGUUUCUCAUGAUUCCACAGAGAACAGGAUUCUAUAAUUGCUUCAACCACCAGGGAAUAUUCAGCAAAUUAUGGUAGCAAUGAUGUCUAUGCAAAUGAAAAUCUAUGUGGUAUGAAGGCUUAAUCUUCUAAUCUACUAGAGGAUGGGGGAGGCAUUUUCUUACUUCCUCUGCUUUAAUUGAACCGUAUAUUAAGCUGAAUUGAUCUGAGUCAGGGUUAGACUUGGGGUUAGUUCAGGGAAAGGUUUCUUCCUUCAUUUCCAACCCCCAGACGAGCGUGUCUGGGGAGAAUUCUAUAUUCCUUUUUAUACUCAGCAACGACGGGGCUACAGAAUGAACGAAUAGAGAAAUGAAAUCAGCCGAGCAUCAUUUGCAUUAAAGUUUUAUCGGUGUGAGAAGAGGGCGUUUUUGGGAGUGAUAAGGAGAGGGAGUCGUGGGCUGCGGUGAGUUGCAUGUGCACGGAGGCUGUGUGUGUGUUUGUGAGUUGAAGGUGGCUAUGGUGAGGCUGGAUGGUGUGGGGAGUGGGGCUGGUGGUGGUUAAUAUCAGACCAAAUAAUUAGAUUUGCUAUCGUCUCGGCGGCAGCAGUGCGGGGAUCAGGCAGAUUAAAGCCCGGCUGGGCUGAUUAAUAUUCAUGAGGGACGACGGUCCGGAAGAGGGGGCUUAGACUGCACCUCAAAGACUCCCUCACUGAGGGACUUGAAGCGCUCUCAAAGUGCCUGGAUCCUAGGGAGACCGCCAGGGUGAACACAGGCAGCGCAGAGCAACAUUCACUUCUCUUAGUCUUUUAGUCCUCCUCCUGCUCCCCCUCCCUUGUUCUCUCCCUCCUCCUUAGAAAGUGUUUCAGUUAGGGAUGUUGGCCACUUCAUUGUGGGAUAGUUUACAGCACUAGUGGUGGAGUGUGCUUGUUAGCAGGUGGUAUGGUUGGGUGUGUAUGUUCAGAGGUAGGGACUUGCCAUUUGAUUAUAUGUUUAAUUUCUUACUGUAAUUGUUGAAAAUGUCCUCCAGGCUAUGGAGAUGUGAUACUAGAGGCUUCUCUGCUCCUCUUAACUCAAUCUUUGGCGGCCACAGCCUCUGUUGGCUUUGUUAAUUACACAUCCUAAUCAAACUGCAAUCUUGCCACAUGCCUUUUAUUUUUCAUUAUCUCUCUGUGUGUUGGUUCCAGCCAUCAUUCAAGUCCCAGCCAGGGCCCAAAGCCAGAUCAGAGCCAGCUAAACCACCAUCUCCACCUCAUCUUCUCUCUGCUAGUCUAUGAGAAUCUUUCAGGGAGAGAUCGAGGAAGAUAGAGAGCAUUUUGCAUUUGUUCAUACUGUCCAAAACUCCCAACUGAUUCUGUUGUAAGGUUUUAUUUUUCUGUCCUAUAUACAGUAGUCUUGUGUGAAAUGUUCUGGUGAAAUUUCCUCAAGUCGGACCACACUGGCCUUUUCUUCAGUGAAUACCAAAGCAUCGUGAUAGAUUUGUGAUAAAUUAGUCUGAAACAAAUUAGCAGCACUUAUAGCUCAGACGGCUCCAGCAUUGGGUUACAAACUAAAACAAAAGAAUCCGUAUCUCUACAUCAGCGAAAGUUCCCCAUGAAAUACAAUACGCAGCGUCUUCAGGCUAGAACAGACCGAUUCAUAAAUAAACCCUUCCACUGUCCUCCCUUGCCUUCCAACUCACCCCAUAUACCCCCAGUCCUUUUACACACUUCAGUUUAAACUCGUACCUCAUAUUCUCUCAAAGUUUCAGUCCAUGUGUUACCAUGUUGGAAUAUGUGUACCAAAGUAUCCUCUGUAGCAAGCAGACUGACUGACUGCCUGACUGACUGACUGUGGUUGCUGCCACCUAGUGGAGACAGAGUGUUCUAGAACCGAUAUGUCCUCAGGCCUCCAUACAGUAGUAGGGCUGCUAUUGGCCUUGUGCAACUAUACUAUACGGUAGUUGUGGAGCUCAACCUAAUGCUACUGUGUUUAUGGUUUUAUUACACAAUCUCAUGAAUUUAUCAUUGAGCCUCACAAAGAAGACUACAUUUUAAUGGGACUGCUAUAAGAUAUUUGGUUAUGAAUGCACUCUGCUUAACUGUGCCGUAACACAGCGGUACAUAGAUGAGUGUGUGUCCCAUGCAGACACACGAUAAGCCUGUGGGAGUGAUUGUCAGGUGGAAUGCUCUGUGAGCCCCAGCUGAACAAAGACAAGAUUGUGCUGAGGAUGGCACAGGUGUGUGUUUCUCUCUGGUCUGCCCUACCCUGGCUACAGCAGCACUCGCACAUGUGCAGACACUGACACACAUUCUUCAACACACACAGAUAGAUUAUGACUCUCCUCUACUCACAUACCUUUUGUCCCAUCAUGUAUUGAGAGAAGCUCCUGAGAUGGCGUCCGGGUGAAUAGGAGCACUACGACGUCAUCGGAUCUCCUUUCUUACCUUUUCUUCUCCUCUCUCCUGGGGUCUCUCUGUUCCUUCCCUCUCUUUCUCCAUGCCCUGUCUAUAGAUCUUUUCUGUGAGUCUUUGUUCAGCCUGUGCCCUCUUCCUCUCCCUCUAUGCUUCUGAUUGCCCAUGUUAAGGGGCUGCACCUUACUGCUGGAAAAGAUGAGUCCCUUUAUUGUGGAGUAUAUUCAAUGUGCUUUAAUUAUUGAACAGUAUAUUCAGAGGACAUUGUCAGGAUUAAUUCAUUGGUAAACCUCACUUUUCAGUAGGUCUUUGUCUGUAUAAUGUUCUGUAUAAAAAUAGGUUUGUCAGAAAAGACUUGGAAAUGUGUGUGAGAAUCAGAAGAUACAUGAUAAUUGUUAUUUGCUGCACCUCAUUCUGUAUUGACAACGUGACCCUGUGUUUCCAGAGGAAGUCUGACUGUCUCUGUAUGUUUAUUUGUGUGUCUACAGAUCUCCAGGUUGACACUGGUGUGUGAGGACGCAGACUGCUGGCUCAGUAGAGUCCUGUUAACCUCCGAUGCCACAGAUACCAACUGUACCAUCUACAGCCAAGGUAGUUACCCAACAGACCCAAUCCCUGAAUUCUACAAACUGCCCAAACAAUCAACACAGCACUCAUGCAGAUAAUGCACCAUUUACAUUGUUACAUUUUAGUUCUGGUGCUCUUACAAUCAGAGGUCUGUUAUUAGAGUGAGACCAGAACGGAGAUCUUUUGACCUACUAUAGAUUACUAUACAUUCCAUAGAGACCAUACUGUACAAUACCAUCUGUGUUUCGGUACAUGCCCCAGGUGUGACGUGUGUUGUUGUGUGUGACUUGGUGUCUUCUCCCUAGGUGAGGAGCUGUAUUGUAAGGUGACCCAGGACAUCUCCACAGGGGACGGUCUGCUGGCUACGCUGUCUACACCUUCUAUGGAGCAGCUGUCCCCCUCUCAGACCCAGGGUGUAGCGGUGAAGGAGGAGCCUACAGGUGUCUACCCAGCAUCCCUCCACUCUGAGAUACAGCUACUCCCCCAGCAGGCUGGGAUGGCAGCCAUCUUGGCCACGGCAGUUGUCAACAGUGAGUGUCGGAGUGCUCAGGAUAAUAAUGUGUAAUAAUGUGUUCUUUUUAUGUGUGUGUCUUGUGUGCUUUCGUACAUGUGUAAGCACCCAGGCCGCCAGUGUCCGGUCUGGAGCGUGAAGUCACGAGCUCUGCUGGUCGCCUACUGCGUAGAAACCUAGCGGUGCCAAAAGCCCUGUUCUGCCCUAGAAAGCCUAUGUAAAUUACGAUCGCCAGAACGGCCAAACAUUAUUUUAAAGUUCGCUACAAAUCGAGAUAUUUAAUUAAAUAGUGACCUAUUCUGACUACUACAUUUGUCGUCACACAGGACCACGUUCUGACACAGACCAAUCACGGGCCGGCAUGCUACGAGGAGGCUCGCGCCCUCAUACCAUCGACAUUAAGGGUGACUCUCUCAGGCAGGAUGAAAUCAAGUACAUUGACCAUGAUCCUUUGCUAGUUACGGCCACUUUCCCUAUGAUCCUUAGCAAUUUGUUUGUGCCAUUCAGCCCCAUUCAGCAAUAUGGCGCGCUUCAAAUUCAAAUACUUCCGGCUUCAUGCGCCAUCGGGAGUUUUCCAUAGGAAUGUCAGCGCAAUCACCAUCUACUGGUUUUGAUGUCUAUGGUGAGCACAUGCAAAUGUGUAUGUCUGUACUUGUGUCUGCAGUGCUAUUUAGUCAUUACAUGCAUAGCACAAAGCAUUGUCAGUUACUGUAUAUACUGUCAAUGUGAACAACAGAUGCUGAGGGACUCAAUGUUGCAACCUAGAUAAAUGCAAGUGCAACAGUUCACCAUGCCACAUUUUCUCAUUCACCCAGUACACCACAAGGUGGCAAUGUAACUCCUCUGUAAUGCCUGGUCUCAGAGGUAGACGGCAUUGUAAUUGCUUUCACGCUUCUUCAUAAAGUCCCCUAUUGGCAGUGUAGUCAGCAGCGGGAGCAGGCAUGGACAUGCUGUGAUGAGUGCAUGAUUAAUCACCACAAAUCAAGCUAAAGGGUAAAACAUGAUCAGCCGUAUCCCCGGUUCCUGCUGUAGAAGCACUGUGCUGAGGACUGUGGGUAAUUAUGGACGUUAUCAAAAAUAGCCUGUUUAACAUGAGCCCUGACACCAGAUCAGUACGAUUACCCCGCGCAGGCGGGGCGCUCGCUCCCACAACCUCUGUGCUCUCGUUGCCUUGGAGACCACGGAGCAAUAUCGAGUGUUUUUCCUCGUUCCGCCAUUGAAUCGAUCAUGUGACGCAUGUGAAUGUGUGUGUGGUGAUGUGUAUACACAUCAGUGACGAUGAUGUAUACAUGUAAGUGUCUAUGUAACGUUUUAAUGUGUAAGCAGAUCAUAUGAAAUCAUUUUCUUUUUUUUUAUGAAUGCACUGCUCUCGUGCAUUGUUUAUGUACUGCUAAUUUGAUAAGUGAUUGGUUGUUGCAGGGAUACAGUUAAGUUGUUUGUUUGCUUGGUCCAGAGGACAUCUUUCCGUGUAAGGACUGUGGGAUCUGGUACCGCAGUGAGAGGAACCUCCAGGCCCACCUCAUGUACUAUUGUGCCAGCCGGCAGAAGCAGCAGUCCUCCUGCUCCCCCCCACAGGACAAGCCCAAGGACUCCUACCCCAAUGAGCGUGUCUGCCCCUUCCCACAAUGCAACAAGAGCUGCCCCAGCGCCAGCUCCCUGGAGAUCCACAUGCGGACACACAGUGGUGAGAACUGUCACGUCUCUAACAAAACAUUACUUUAGCUUGCUCUCAAAGCAAAGUUUGAAUAUUUGUGUAAAUAUUGCACCUUUAAUAGUCAGUUAUAACAGUAGGACCCUUUCUCUCUUUGUAUUAUUAAGGUAAGCAAGUCUACCGGUCGUCAUUGUGUGUUAAAGACCUACACUAAGUGUACAAAACAUGCUCCUUCCAUGGCAUAGACUGACCAGGUGAAAGCUAUGAUCCCUUAUGUAUGUCACUUGUUAAAUCCAUUUCAGUCAGUGUAGAUGAAGGGGAGGAGACAAGUUAAAGAAGGAUUUUUAAGCCUUGAGACAAUUGAGACAUGGAUUGUGUAUGUUUGCCAUUCAGAGGGUGAAUGGGCAAGACAAAAUAUUUAAGUACCUUUGAACAGGGUAUGGUAGUAGGUGCCAGGCGCACCGGUUUGACUGUGUCAAGAACUGCAACGCUGCUGGGUUUUUCACGCCUAACAGUUUCCUGUGUGUAUCAAGAAUGGUCCACCACCCAAAGGCCAUCCAGCCAACUUGACACAACUGUGGGAAAUAUUGGAGUCAACAUGGGCCAGCAUCCCUUUGGAAUCCUUUCAACACCUUGUAGAGUCCAUGCCCUGGGUGCAACUCAAUAUUAGGAAGGUGUUCCUAAUGUUUUGUACACUUUGUAUGUUAGCGUUAGACACUUUCUUUUUUAUUGACCUGUCUCUCUUGUGUUGUAUCCUGUGUGCCAGCAGGUGAGCGUCCCUUUGUGUGUCUGAUCUGCCUGUCGGCCUUCACCACUAAAGCCAACUGUGAGCGUCACCUGAAGGUGCACACGGACACGCAAAACGGAGUGUGUCAUGGCUGUGGCUUCGUCUCCACCACGAGGGACAUCCUCUAUAGCCACCUGGUUACCAGUCACAUGGUUUGUCAGCCCGGCUCACGCAGUGAAGUGUACUCCCCAGGCCCUGGCCUGCCCAAACUGCCUCUGUCCACAGGUAAAUACAUGGACAGACUGACAUUUUUUGUUUACUAUUGCAGUGAGAGGAUAACAGCACUGCCUCUACUUACAUUUACAUUUACUUCAUUUAGCAGACGCUCUUAUCCAGAGCGACUUACAAAUUUGUGCAUUCAACUUUUGAUAGCAAGUGGGACAACCACUUUUUUUCUUCUUUUUUUAUGGGGAGGGGGCGGGUAGAAGGAUUACUUUAUACUAUUCCAGGUAUUCCUUAAAGUGGUAGGGUUUCAAUUGUCUCUGGAAGGUGGUCAGUGACUCCGAUGUCCUGGCGUCGUUGGGGAGCUUGUUCCACCAUUGGGGUGUCAGAGCAGCAAAUAGCUUUGACUGGGCUGAGCGGGAACUGUGCUUCUGUAGAGGUAGGGGAGCUAGCAGGCCAGAGGUGGAUGAACGUAGUGCCCUCGUUUGGGUGUAGGGUCUGAUCAGAGCCUGAAGGUAAGGAGGUGCCGUUGCCCUCACAGCUCCGUAGGCAAGCACCAUGGUCUUGUAGUAGAUGCGAGCCUCAACUGGAAGCCAGUGGAGUGUGCGGAGGAGCGGGGUGACAUGAGAGAAUUUGGGAAGGUCGAACUCCAGACGGGCUGCGGUGUUCUGGAUAAGUUGUAGGGGUUUAAUGGCACAGGCAGGGAGCCCAGCCAACAGCGAGUUGCAGUAAUCCAGACGGGAGAUGACGAGUGCCUGGAUAAGGACCUGUACCGCUUUCUGUGUAAGGUAGGGUCAUACUCUGCGAAUGUUGUAGAGCAUGUACCUGCAGGAUCGGGUCACCGCUUUGAUGUUAGCAGAGAACGACAGGGUGUUGUCCAGGGUCACGCCAAGGCUCUUUGCACUCUGGGAGGAGGACACAAUGGAGUUGUCAACCGUGAUGGCGAGAUCAUGGAGCGGGCAGUCCUUCUCCGGGAGGAAGAGCAGCUCCGUCUUGCCGAAGUUCAGCUUGAGGUGGUGAUCCGACAUCCACACUGAUAUGUCUGCCAGACAUGCAGAGAUGCAAUUCACCACCUGGUUAUCAGAAGGGGGAAAGGAGAAAAUUAAUUGUGUGUCGUCUGCGUAGCAAUGAUAGGAGAGACCAUGUGAGGAUAUGACAGAGCCAAGUGACUUGAUGUAUAGAGAGAAUAGGAGAGGGCCUAGAACUGAGCCCUGGGGGACACCAGUGGUGAGCGCAUGUGGUGCGGAGACAGAUUCUCGCCACGCCACCUGGUAGGAGCGACCUGUCAGGUAGGACGCAAUCCAAGAGUGAGCAGCACCGGAGAUGCCCAACUCGGAGAGGGUGGAGAGGAGGAUCUGAUGGUUCACAGUAUCAAAGGCAGCGGAUAGGUCUAGAAGGAUAAGAGCAGAGGAGAGAGAGAGUUAGCUUUAGCAGUGCGGAGAGCCUCCGUGACACAGAGAAGAGUAGUUUCAGUUGAAUGACCAGUCUUGAAACCUGACUGGUUUGGAUCAAGAAGGUCAUGCUGAGAGAGAUAGCAGGAGAGUUGGCUAGAGACAGCACGCUCAAGAGUUUUGGAGAGAAAAUAAAGAAGGGAUACUGGUCUGUAGUUGUUGACAUCGGAGGGAUCGAGUGUAGGUUUUUUGAGGAGGGGUGCAACUCUCGCUCUCUUGAAGACGGAAGGGACAUGGCCAGCGGUCAAGGAUGAGUUGAUGAGCGAGGUGAGGUAAGGGAGAAGGUCUCCGGAAAUGGUCUGGAUUAGAGAGGAGGGGAUAGAGUCAAGUGGGCAGGUUGUUGGGCGGCCGACUGUCACAAGUCGCAAGAUUUCAUCUGGAGAGAGAGGGGAGAAAGAAGUCAAAGCAUAGGGUAGGGCAGUGUGAGCAGGACCAGCGGUGUCAUUUGACUUAAUAAAUGAGGAUCGGAUGUCGUCAACCUUCUUUUCGAAAUGGUUGACGAAGUCAUCCACAGAGAGGGAGGAGGGAGGGGUAGGAGGAGGAGGAUUCAGCAGGGAGGAGAAGGUGGCAAAGAGCUUCCUAGGGUUAGAGGCAGAGGCUUGACAUUUAGAGUGGUAGAAAGUGGCUUUAGCAGCGGAAACAGAGGAAGAGAAUGUAGAGAGGAGGGAGUGAAAAGAUGACGGGUCCAAAGGGAGUCUAGUUUUCCUCCGUUUCCGCUCGGCUGCCCGGAGCCCUCUUCUGUGAGCUCGCAAUGAGUCGUCAAGCUACGGAGCAGGAGGGGAGGAACGAGCCGGCCGGGAGGAUAGGGGACAUAGAGAGUCAAAAGAUGCAGAGAGGGAGGAGAGGAGGGUCGAGGAGGCAGAAUUGGGAGAUUGGAGGGAGAAGGAUUUAGCAGAGGGAAGAGAUGAUAGGAUGGAAGAGGAGAGAGUAGCGGGAGAGAGAGAGCCAAGGUUGCGACGGCAUAUUACCGAGUGAGUAGUGUUGGAGGAGAGCGAGAGAGAAAAGGAUACGAAGUAGUGGUCGGCGACUUGGAGGGGAGUUGCAGUGAGAUUAGUUAAAGAACAGCAUCUAGUAAAGAUGAGGUCAAGCGUAUUGCCUGCCUUGUGAGUAGGGGUGGGACGGUGUGAGGGUGAGGUCAAAAGAGGAAAGGAGUGGAAAGAAGGAGGCAGAGAGAAAUGAGUCAAAGGCAGACGUAGGGAGGUUAAAGUCACCCAGAACUGUGAGGGGUGAGCCAUCCUCAGGAAAGGAACUUAUCAAGGUGUCAAGCUCAUUGAUGAACUCUCCAUGGGAACCUGGAGGGUGAUAAAUGACAAGGAUGUUAAGCUUGAAUGGGCUAGUGACUGUGACAGCAUGGAAUUCAAAUGAGGAGAUAGACAGAUGGGUCAAGGGGAAAAGAGAAUGUCCACUUGGGAGAGAUGAGGAUUCCUGUGCCAUCGCCGCGCUGACCAGAUGCUCUCAGGGUAUGCGAGAACACAUGAUCAGACGAUCAAAGAGCAGUAGGAGUAGCAGUGUUUUCAGUGGUAAUCCAUGUUUCCAUCAGCGCCAAGAAGUAAAGGGACUGGAGGGUGGCAUAGGCUGAGAUGAACUCUGCCUUGUUGGCCGCAGAACGGCAGUUCCAGAGGCUAGAGACCUGGAACUCCACGUGGGUCGUGCGCGCAGGGACCACCAGAUUAGAGUGGCAGCAGCCACGCCGUGUGAAGCGUUUGUAUGGCCUGUGCGGAGAGUAGAGAAUAGGAAUAGACAGACAAAUAGUUGACAGGCUACAGAAAAGGCUACAAUAAUGCAAAGGAGAUCGGAAUGAAAUUAACUAAGCAUCUGGGAAAGCGAGAGAGCGGGGCCUCCCUCACGUUUCACUGAAACACUCAAAUAUAACUCUCCCAACUUCCACUUUAGAUUAAUAGACUUUAGUUAGUGUCUGGUCUAUUAGCGAUGUUACCAAACAGACUAGUUCUGUCUCUUACCUCUAGUUAGUGUCUGGUCUAUUAGCGAUGUUACCAAACAGACUAGUUCUGUCUCUUGCCUAUUUUUAGCGUCUGGUCUGUUAGCGAUGUUACCAAACAGACUAGUUCUGUCUCUUACCUCAAGUUAGUGUCUGGUCUAUUAGCGAUGUCACCAAAUCAACAGUGAUCUAAUGUUAUGUUUAAUAGUAGGAAACGCAUUUCUAAUAAUGUGUGUCUCUGUCUCUCUGUGGCAGGUCUAAGUCCAGGAGACUCUGGUGUUGUGUUGAAAUGUCAGAUAUGUGGCCACAUCACAGACUCACCCGGCCAGCUCCAGCAGCAUGUCCGCACACACCUGGAGGUGAGGGUCCCAGCAGAGAGGAGCCCCUCACCCCGCCAGAGCACCCCCUCCUCAGCUGACCACCCUGAGCCCCCCGCCUGCGUACCCCACCCUGACUCCUCCAGCCCUGGGGCCAAUGGGAGCUCAGCCACCCCGCGAGGCUGCAGCCCACCUGACCACCUGCCCACAGACAUGAGGAUCAAAGAGGAGCCACGCUCAGACUCUGAGAAUGAGGGGCAGGAGGAGACGGACCGGGAGGGGAAGAGCCGUGGACACACAGGGGCAGGGUCUUCUCAGACCACCUCCCCCAGGAGUCCCUCUGCUUUGUCCGUGAAGGCAGAGCCAACCAGCCCCACCCCUGGCUCCAGCCCUGCCCACCUGGGAGGACCUGGCUCAGUGCUGCCUGGAGGAGCUGUGUUCCUGCCACAGUACAUGUUUAGCCCAGAGGCAGCCAUCCUGCCCCAGGCCUCAGAGAUCCUGGCCAAGAUGUCUGAGAUGGUCCACAGCCGGUUGAAGCAGGGCCAGGUGUCCCCUGGGGCAGCGCCAGCCUUCUAUCCCGCAGGCACUACCAUCACUGUCCACAAGGGGGCCACCUGCUUAGAGUGUGACAUCACCUUCAACAACAUCAACAACUUCUAUGUUCACAAGAAGCUCUACUGUUCCAGCAGGCACCAGCAGGGAGACGUGGCUGGCCAAGUGAAGGAGGGGGCCUCGGGGGUCACCGUCCCAUCUGUCAGACACAGUUCAUCCCCUCAGGCUGCCACAGGUAGUCGGGCUGCCUCAGCCUCCCCGAGUGACUCAGACCCUGUUCCAGGCAGCACCGGCACAGAGGGCAAGCUGGUGGAGGUGAAAAGUGAGAACCCUGGGUUGAAAGAGGCUGUGUCAUCCUCUUCCUCUGAGGGGGAGGGUGGUGGAGGAGGAGGCCGGGCCAGCGAGGGCAGCCAGAGCCCCAGCGGCUCAGCAGAGGACCAGGAAGAAGACCCCACCAGGACCUUCUGUCAGGCCUGCAACAUUCACUUCAGUCGCCAUGAGAACUACACGGUCCACAAGCGCUUCUACUGUGCCUCGCGCCACGAUCCGUCCAACCAGAGGUCAAGCGCUGGCAAAGCCACCUUCCUGCCUCAGCCCAUCCGCACGCGCAAGAGGAAGAAGAUGUAUGAGAUCCACAUGGCUCGGACUGAGGCCCUGGCCAACGCUGCUGCUAUUGCCUUUCCCUCUGCUCCAGGCCUGGGCCUGGCUGUGAAGCAGGAGGAUGCUGCCUCAUCGGGGAGGGUCCUGGAGGCCACUGUCCCAGCCCUGGCCCUGGGCCUGUGUCCAGCCACUUCCCGUAGCACCAGCCCUGAUGGAGACGGCCCGAUCGACCUGAGUAAGAGGCCCCGUCUGAGGGACACCCCACGGGGCAGCAGCAUCCCUGCUCUGCCCCUCACUGACUACCACAAGUGCACCGCCUGCAGCAUCAGCUUCAACAGCAUUGAAAACUACCUGGCCCACAAGACCUACUACUGCCCAGCCACCACCCUGCAGCCCCACACCCUGAAGACGCUCCACAGGCUGAAGAGACCAUCCUCCACUUCCCCCAAGAGCAGGGCCCUAGAGCGGCCAGACCUUCACCCAGAGGCCAAAGGGCUCCCCACAGAGAAGGCUCCUCAGAGGGCCUCGCCCAGCCCUCACCCCUCAGCCUUACCUGGAUCUGAGGCUACAUCCCCUCACAGCGGCCCUGCAGCCAAAUGCCCAGGCUCUCCCCCUGUGGUCUGCCCCUACUGCCCUCCCAAUAGGGCGGUGACCUGUGACCUGGUGGAGCACUUCAGAUCCAUGCAUGGCCUGGUCCUGAACCUGGAGGGCCAGCCAGCUGUUAUCAGCCCCAGCCUGAGCCCCAAGGAUGGGACCCCCGCCACCCCGCCCAAACUGGGCCUCCAGACCCGCAGGGACAGCAUCAACAGUCGGGUCAGAAGGGACACUGUCUCCCCCUCCUCUCCCCUGGUGAACAUUAGCCCCCUGGGUCCCCAUGCCAGUGGUGGCAGCUCCCCCAAAGCAGCCCCUCCUGCUGUGUCUCCCACGAGGUCCCUCCCCCUGACUGUGUCCCCUGUGCCUGAGGUCCUGAGGGAGGUGGGGGUUAUGAACCACCAGGCUGCUGUUGCUCUGCUUCCAGACAGGGCAGCCCUCACCCUGGGUCUCCCACUCCCUGUCGCUGUCCCGGCCCCUACCACACCUAAGACCCCCCUGGUCUCCCCUGUGCAGAACUGUAACACCCGCUUCUGCCGGCUGUGCAAUAUCAAGUUCAGCAGCCUGUCCACGUUCAUAGCCCACAAAAAGUACUACUGUUCCUCCCACAGCGCUGAGCACGUCAAGUGA